CAUGCUCGCCGAACGCACCCUGCAUCAUAAGUAGUCGGAAGGGCCGCGGACUUUUUUUGGUACGCGUUGAAACAGUAUCUGAGGAAAGUGCGAUUCGGGUGAAUCGAGUUGUGCGGACUUUUGGCGCGGAUCUGCUCGUGCAGAAAUGGAAGGCGAAUCCAAACAUAAUAUCGAUAAACUUGUGGACGAUUUGAAGCAUGUUGUGAAUCUUGAGGCCUCGCAGAAUGAGAAUGAACAUUCCAAUAUUGUACAGAUAUUGGAUUCCGUAGUGAACGUUAGCAAAACUUCAAUUGGAGAGACUACUGAGUUACUCAUUGAUGAAGUUUUUUUAACAUUACUGGGACAUAAGUCUAAACAGAUUGUAGCAAAAACAGCAAAGGCUAUCGCUGAGAUAGCAAAAACUGAGAGAGGAAGAGAGAAAUGCACAAGUGUGGAAUUAGUACGAACAUUGGUCAGUUUGCUGAAGGAAAAGGAUAUAGAUAUAUUGACACAGACUUCCAGAGCACUAGGAAAUAUUUGUUAUGAAAAUGAGAAUGGCAAGAAACUGGUAAGAGAGGAAGAUGGUUUAAAAGUGAUCUUGAAGGUGCUUAAAGUUGGUAUAGCAUUAAAAAAUUCUGAAGGUGCCAGCUUUCUGCGGAAUGUGGCUGCUGGAUUUUUAUUAAAUUUUCUAGUAGACCAGGAAUCGUUGCACAAAAAGGCACUCGAAGAAGACACGGUAUCGAUUAUCUGCAGUAUUUUAGAAGAGGAUGGGGUCAAUGGUGGUGAAGCGGCUAUGCACGCCUUACUCACUCUCGGCAUAUUAAAUGACGCGAAUAUUAUAUUCCUUGAUGAGAGAUUAACUGUAAUUCUGGUCAACAUAUUAUCCAGCGAUACUUCCUCCGAACUGUCCGAGAUGUGUUUGGAGUUGUUGCACGGUCAAGCGGAGGAUGAGGAGCCAAAGUUGCUGCUGGCCAAAGCAGGAGUAUGCGAGUUGCUACUGAAACUGUUGGAGAAACACGGUCCACGGUGCAACGACGAAGAGACGCGGUCCAUUCUGAAAGUCGCCUGCAAUUUGAUCGUUUUGAUCUUAACAGGAGAUGACAGCAUGAACUUCCUCUACGACGACAGUAAAGGUCUUGUCUAUAAGAAACUGGUGGAAUGGUUAGAGAGCGACGACGAAGACUUGCAGAUCACUGCUGUUCUGGCUAUGGGCAACUUUGCGCGCACCGAUACACACUGUAAACAUAUGGUCGAACAAGGUAUACAUCGGAAGCUGCUGAAGCUUCUCCAGACGAACGGCGACAAGUCUGGCGACAUCAGAUGCCAGCACGCCCUGCUGAGCGCUCUGCGCAAUCUCGUCAUACCCGCGGACAAUAAGUCGCUGAUACUCGCGGACGGCCUGAUCGACGUGCUCUAUCCUAUGUUAGACAUCCCCACUAUCCCUGUCGUCUUCAAAUUGCUGGGAACGCUCAGAAUAGUCAUGGACGGCCAAAGGGAAGCAGCUGUGUCCUUAGGACGAAGAGAAGACUUGAUCAAGCGGGCGGUUGAGUGGUGCAGCAUCGAGGACCAUCCUGGCGUCAAGGGCGAAGCGAAUCGAUUGAUCGCUUGGCUAAUAAAUAACAGCAGGGAUAAGCAGAUCGCCCUGUCGAUCAUCAAAUACGACGCAGUGCAGCAUCUAGUAAACAUGCUCCUAGCGCAGCAUUCGUUGAUGCAAAACGAAGCGAUCCUGGGCCUGACGAUAUUAACGAAGAUCUGUCCGGCAGAAUCCGAGGAACUGCUGAUCGCAGCGGGUUUCGGCCGUAACAUGUGCGAAUUCUUUGAAACGCGUGCUGAUAAUCUUGACAUACACAUCGUACUGAACGCACUGUCGUUACUGAACAGUGUCGUGCAAUCAGACCAACUGAAGAAACAUCUGAAGAGCUGCGGGUUGGCCAGCACGUGUAAAAAUUUGUGCUCGCACGAAAGCGAGAACACUGCGGAACUGCGGACGCGCGUCAACGCGCUUUGCGCGGCCCUGGAAGCGAGCUUCGAUCAGAAGCAACCCGACCAAUCAUGAUCUGUUUGUGUGAUUUCUCGGAAGGGAACACCGAGUUCGCGCUGCCAUUCCCAUUGAUGUAUUUUCCGUCAUUCCGAAGAGUUGUGCGAAUCUCCCCAAUGACCAAAACUCCUCGCCAACUUGACAUACAGAUUGCAAAGUGUAUUUUACUUGUCCAGAGAAAUACAUAUUCUAUUGGUGUACAUGCCAUCCA